UUAUUUUUAAUUUCUAAUGAAAAGUUGAAAUCUCUAUAGUGCGGUACAUGAUAUUAUAGUAGUAACAAGUAUUGUAAAAAUCCCAUACAUAAUUUUUAAUUACAAUGUUUCUGAGUUAUAUACGGUUAUGACUAUAUAAAUGUAUAUCUCGGAACGCUGAAGGAUUAGAAUUUCUUGUUUAACAUUUUUAAGAAGUAAUUUUUUACAAUUUAAAUGUUUUCCAGCAAAUACCGCAUCAAAAAUAGUUUAACCUUCUUUUGUUCAAGAUUACAAUACGUUAAUAGUAACUAUAAAAACAUGUCAGUCGAAGUUAAAAAUGUUGUACAAAAUGACUAUGAAACAUCUGACGUUGUGGCGACUAAUAAAAGGCAGAAACUUGAUGAAAAUUACGAAAUUGUAAAAAGAGCACUAGACGUGAAAGCAGCUGGGGAUAUAGUAGAAAAGAAAAACUUUUCUAAAAGAAAGAACUUUGUAAUAAUGCUCGGUUAUCGUGGUAGAGAUUAUUUUGGUAUGCAGAUUAAUCGUGGUACAAAAACUAUUGAGGAGAGUUUAUUAUCCGCAUUAUUGGAAGCAAAUUUUAUUACAAAGGAUCAAUUUGAAGAUGUGAGACUGCUUAGAUUUCAAAGAGCUGCACGUACAGAUAAAGGUGUAUCAGCAGUUAGGCAAAUUGUUUCUUUACUAUUACCCCAAGAGGUAAAUAAAGAAGACAUAAAUAAGCAUCUUCCAAAUGAUAUCAGAGUAUUUGAUAUACAGAGAGUAAUAAAAACUUUUAAUAGUAAAAGUAAAUGUGAUAGUAGAACAUACAGAUAUGUUUUCCCUACAUUUGCUUUGGCUCCAGAGGAUCCAAAUUUUUUAAAACUUGACAUAGAUGAAGUAGAUGAAGUAGAUGAAGAGCAACGACUUAAAGAUCUGUUUCUGAUUAAUGAAAAGCCAUAUAAUGAAUUUCGAUUAACUCCAGAAAUGCUUGAUAAGUUAAAUAAUAUUUUAAAAUUAUUUGAAGGCACACAUAAUUUUCAUAAUUUUACAUCAAAAAUAAGACCAUUAGAUCCGAGCGCCAAGCGUUAUAUAAUACAUUUCCGUUGUAUUGAAACGUUUGUUGCAAAUAAUAUGGAAUUUGCUGUAUUGGAAGUGAAGGGACAAAGUUUUAUGUUACAUCAAAUUAGAAAAAUGGUAUCUUUGGUAAUAGGGAUUUGUAGAAAUAUCGUGUCAAGCGAUUUUGUCAAAGAUGUAUUUUCAUUAGAAAAAUAUGACAUUCCCAUUGCACCAGGCUUAGGAUUGAGUUUACAUUUUGUACAUUAUUCAUAUUAUAAUAAAAGAUAUGGGAAAGAUGGAAUUCACAAAACAUUAGAAUGGCAAGACUGUAAUGAAGAAGUCGAAAAAUUUUAUAAAGAAUACAUUCUACAAGACAUAAUAGAUACAGAAACUUCAAAUAACGUUAUGUUAAAUUGGUUGGCAAUUUACUUAACACCAAAGAGGUUUGCAUCUAAAGAAUUUGUAGCAUAUGAAGAUAUAGAAUAAGAUUUGUAUUGUAUUUAUUUAUCAAACUCUUAUAUUAAAUAUAUUUGUCAGUAA